AUGUAUGACAUCCUCAACUUGGUGGCAUUUGCUAACCAAUCCUUCCAGAAAGUCAGAGUUGGAAGGCUGUAUUCCCAGGCCCUGGCAGACAAAUCGUUCACUAUUAAUGAAAGUGCCAUUGUAUGGAAUCACAGGUUUAAACAGGUGCCACCCCAUUCCAGAUGUGUUGAGAAUUGCCACCCUGGUUACAGCAUGAUUGUUCAGCAAGGGAAACAUGUAUGUUGCUAUGAUUGUGUUCAAUGUGCAGAGGGCAGGAUUUCAGUCCACAUGGAUGCCCUGGAAUGUGAGAAGUGCCCAGAAGAUCAUUAUCCAAAUGAGGAUCGGAGUCGGUGUCUCUCCAAAAAGGUGACCUAUUUAUCCUAUGAAGAACUUCUGGGAAUAAUUUUGUCUUCUGGUGCCUUCUUCUUUUCUUUAAUUACCAUGGCGGUGAUGGGCAUUUUCAUUCAACACAAGAAUACUCCCAUCGUCAAAGCCAACAACUGGAGCAUCACCUGUACUCUGCUCACCGAUCUUCUCCUUUGUUUUCUGUGCUCUUUCCUUUUCUUGGGCAGGCCUGGGACAACCUGUUGCCUUCUCCGCCAAACGGUAUUUGGUACGGUCUUCUCCGCUGCAGUUUCUUGUGUGUUGGGCAAAACAAUCACGGUGGCCUUUGCAUUCAUGGCCACGAAACCAGGAAACAAGAUCAGGAGAUGGGUGGGGAAGAAGCUGGCCAUGACGGUGGUGAUCCUCUCCUCUCUUAUUCAAAUUGCCAUCUGUGGGGUGUGGCUAGCAAUCUCUCCCCCAUUCCCAGAGUCUGACAUGCAAUACCAGAGGGAUCAGAUUGUAUUGAAAUGCAAUGAGGGAUCUGACCUUAUGUUCUACAUUGUCCUUGGCUACAUGUGGCUUCUGGCGGUCACCAGCUUCAUAGUGGCUUUCUUUGCCAGGCGGCUGCCUGACAGCUUCAAUGAAGCCAAAUUCAUCACUUUCAGUAUGUUGGUAUUUUGCAGUGUUUGGAUAUCAUUUGUUCCCACCUACCUGACUACAAAAGGGAAACACAUGGUGGCUGUGGAGAUCUUUUCUAUUUUAGCCUCCAGUUCUGGUUUACUGUUUUGUCUCUUUCUUCCCAAAUGCUACCUUAUAAUAUUAAGACCAGAUCUCAAUACUAAGAAGCAGGUGACUGGAAAAAAGUAG